GGGGAGAGCGAUCUGCUUCUCGUGAAGCGAGGGAGGGAAAGGGGAGGUCCUUCCUCAAUGAAUUAAAAAAAAUUAAUUAUGCGCACUUUUAAAAAAAGAAAUAAAAUUACAGGGGGAAGCUGAAGAGGUGGGGAAGGAAAUAUAAGAUGCGUUUUAUUGCUUAAUUUGCGUAUUUUUCUAAUUUGCAUACCUUCCACGCGCAGCCGCCAUUUUGUUUUAAGGGGGCGUGAGAUAUUUGCGGAUAAACGGCAGCGGCGAUAGUUGGGGGGAGGGGGAUAAAGAAACGCCCAAUGAAACGACCCUUUAACGCAGCGGAAAGGAGAGACCAAAGUGAAAAGCUGAAUGGUCUGCUUGAAAUAAACUGAAAGGAAUUCUGAGAUGGAUACCAGUGAAGAGCUUCCAAAAAAAGUCUUCAAGGCCAGAAAAACAAUGCGCGCAAGUGACCGACAACAGCUAGAGGCUAUCUAUAAAAGCAGAGAGGAACUUUUAAAAGCCAAUGAAGAGACCAAAACUAAACUGUGUAAUGGUAGACAUGAAAAUGGAGAUUGUGACAACAAAGCCUCACUAAAUACUAACUGCAUGGAUGAUGCUGACAUUGAUAGUAUUAAUGAUGUGAGGCUGGGACCUGAGGAACUGCAAGGCAACUCCAUUGAUGAACUUAGUAUCACACAAACACCUGAACUAAACUUUGCUGAAAAAUGUCUUAAUGAAAAUAAGGAUUUAAGCUCAAAAGAUGAAAAAAUGGACUCGACAUCCCCAGCUGCUAAAGAUGAACAGAUUUCUACUGGGAGCACAGGAAACCAAAUUUUGGUAGAUGUUGAGAGCAAAAGAGAUGACACUGUGGAAUCAGACUGUGUUGAGUUGAAGCAGGAUUCUUUAAUUGCAGAUAAAUCAUGUUCUGAUUCUCAGAGCCUUUCAGAAAAGGAAAGACCACCUUCUGUUGAUGACAGCAGGAGUCAGGAAAUACCAGAUGAAAGUAGCCUUAAGUUCCAGUCUUCCUCUUCCUCUGUGAGAGAAAAGGAAGACCAUGAAAGUUCAUUGGACAUUAGUGAAGAGGCAAUAACAAGUAGCAUAGAAUCUGUGCAGGAGAAAAAUGAUUGUGAAAGCUCUAAGAUGGAAUGUGCAGAGACUGAAAGUGAGAUUGCAACAAAAGACAAAUUAAGUGAGAACAAAUCAGCUGAGAACAACCAACUGGAAAUUGAAGAAAUAAUCCCCAUUUUGGAGAAAUUGGCCCCAGAGAAGGACAGUGAAUUAGCCUGUAACCAAGGAAUUGUUCCUGUAGUGGAUUCCCCAGCACCAAAGGACAGUCCAUCAAAAGACUUGCAGGAAGAACAGAUGGACGCAUCUCCAUGCAGUUCUCCAACAAAAGAAGAGUGCAAUGGCAACUUGCCAGAAGAAGCAUUCCUUGUUUUAUCAGAUGAGGAUGAGCCAAUAAUUGAGAGUAAAACAGAAAGUGAAGAGCUGGUACCAAAAAAUGAUGAUCCAGAUACAGACCAUAAAGAGCAAGCAGCUGAUACAAGACAAAAGCAAGAACCAAACGAAGUUGUGCCACGAAAAAGGUCCAAGUCUGAAGAUGCGGAAAGCAGUAUAUCCAAGCGGUGUCGGUUUUCUGAGGAUGAAUAUGAGGCUGCCUUAAAAGUGAAGAUCACUGCCAGAGGGGAGAUCCGCCAGACGCUGGAGAAGAUUGUUCAACAGAUUAUUGAAGAACGCAUCAGUUCCAUGCAGAGUGGUGUUUUCGACAAGAAGCUGGCAGAGCUGAAAAACAGAGUAGAAAAGAUUGAAUGCAGCACGAGGCAUGAAUCUUUAAUCAGUGGCUUACAGGCAAAGCUCAUGCAGAUAGAGAAAAGGCUAGGCUCAGCAAAUCAAGCUCGCAAUGAUUCUGCCUUGAAAAAAGCACAAGAGAAACCAGCUGUCUCCUCACCUCAGCAACCACCUGGACACCAAACUACGCAACCUGUCUCCCCCAGCAAAUCUUACAACCCUUCUCUUGGUGCUUCUGGUAGUGUGCAGUGUCGUAGUGGAACAGUAAGGCAGAUGCUGGACUUAAGAAGAAAUAUGGCAGACACUGUAGCAUCAGCCCAGCACUCUGCAAACUCCAGUAAUGCAGGUAUUACAAACUUUACACCUCCUCAGGUAGUUGGCGGACAGACUAAGCCUCAGAAUGCAGGGACAUCUGGUGCUGUGGUCACUCCUGUACUCCCAGCAACUGCAGCAGUAGUAGGAAACAAUCAGUCGCUGUCGACCUCCGGCAGUAACCAGCCUAUGCCAGUAUCUCUUCAGUCAGUGCCAGUAUUGCUUACAGUUCCAGUGGCAAUGUCUUCCCAACCUCAGCUUCUGCAGCCCUCAGCAAAUACCUUGAUGACGAACCAGCAAUCUGGAAUUGAGUUUUUACCUGUUCAGUCGCAACCCACGCUUAACAACCUCUCCAAGCCACUUGCAUCACAGAUAUCGGCAAAUGUAGCAAAAGCAAAUGGUGCUAGUCCUUCCUUGCCAAGCCCAGGAGUCCAAAGGAAGUCCCCUGGAAGCAUGGGGCCAAUGCAGAUAAGUAGUGUUACUUCAAGUCAGACUGCUACUGUGGCUUCUGUGACCAGUACUCAAUCUAUUCUUUCACCUCAGAUUUCACGGACAGUACAACCAUCUUUGGGUUCCCCAGGACAUUUUAGCCCUUCUAAUGCUAGGGUACCAGUACAGCAAAGACCUUCACAGACUUGCAGCCAGGGACAAGUCUCUGGAUCAUCAAGCCAGCCAUUAACAGUCAGUUCAGACAGCACCAAUGCAGGAACCUCCAGAGCAGAGAGCAGCUUCAGCCAGGCCACCCAGAGACACCCUACAGCAGUUCCAGCAGAAUCACCGGCUGCUAAGAAAGCACCACCUAGUGGCAUCCAGAGUGCAAAGACAGGAGGAAGUGACAUGGGAGCUGUCAUUGACCUGACGGGCGAUGAUGAAGAUGAUGUAUCUGCACAAGAUGCCAGGAAACAGAAUCAGGCUGUUAACCAAGGAACAACUCAGCUUCCAGUAUCUUCACCCACUGUCCAGCCACAGGUCAGAACCCCUGCAGCUCCCCAGGGAAUUUCUCCACAGCAGACUUCUGCGCAGUCCCACUUGCCAGCACCGCAGAACAGCCCGGGUACAGUUGGGUUAACCAUACAGACCACCAACGUGCACAGCGUGUCUGCAGGUAGAGUACUAACAGGGCAAACAAGUGCUAACAUGCUUCAGCAUCAACGUCCUCCAAUGCCACCACCGACAUCACAGGCCCCUGUGAGACCACCCCUUCCAACUCUCCAAAGAGGAAGUACAAACCCAACGGUUUUUACAACACCCCCUCCAUACCAAAGUCACAAUCCAGUGCGUGCCGUCACAACACAGAGCCAGGCUAUGCGACAGCCCAGCCCUCAACCACCAGUUAGUGCAGGUAUGUCAGUCCGGCUGCCUCAAACAUCUUACAUUGUGAAUAAUGUAAUCUCCAUCCCUGUGAUGCCGAAUAUGCCUCAGUUCACAGUACAUCACCGGCCUUCACAGGAGCCACCUCGACCCAUCCACCCAGCACCACUCCCUGAGGCCCAAGCGCCACAGCGGUUACCUCCAGAGGCUGCUAAUACCUCUCCGCCCCAGAAGCCUCACCUGAAGCUAGCGCGAGUCCAGAGUCAAAACGGAAUUGUCCUGUCCUGGAGUGUCCUGGAAGUGGACCGUUCUUGUGCGCUUGUGGACAGUUACCAUCUCUAUGCCUACCAUGAAGAUCCUGCUACCACAACCCCAUCUCAGUGGAAGAAGAUUGGAGAAGUGAAGGCUUUGCCACUUCCUAUGGCCUGCACCCUUACUCAGUUUGUGUCCGGAAGCAAGUACUACUUUGCAGUCCGAGCAAAGGACAUUUACGGCCGAUAUGGGGCAUUCUGCGAUCCACAGUCGACUGAUGUGAUGUCGACUCAGGGUAAUUAAUUCAACAAAAGAAGAAAAAUCAAGAAAAACAAAGAACCACAAAGCCCAAAAUGAUAUUUUUUCAUUUCUUUUCUUACAUCAUGCAUGACGUGUUGUAGUUUUUCUAUAGGUGUCUGACUCACUUGGUAUCUGUGUACACUACACUGCAUAUAUACAAGAGGGUCAUGGUAUAAAUUAGACAGCGCUGAUCUGCAGCAAAAUAAAGACAGAAUAUUGCACCAUGUGGUGUUGCAUUACUGCUGCCACAACUAAGUUGCUUCUGUUGUCACCGUAGACCCGAUUUGACUGGGAGAUGUUUGGUGCGAUCGAGUCACUGGUAAAGCAGCAGCACCAAGUGGCAUAUUUUGUUUAUUCUACGGUCAUCAAUUGGGUUGGGUUUUAAAGAAAAACAUUCCCAAAUGUGACGCGCGAUAUGGACCGUUAAAGUGAUAAUUCACACAUGUAUUAUCUUAUUGUUCUUAUUUUUUUUAAAAACUGUUUUCACUGCGGCUUUAGCUAUCACUUCAGAAAGCAGUGAAAAUUGAUCAGCAGUGACCAUAGGAUAAUGGAUUUUAUUGCAUUGUCUGAAAUACUCCUGAAAUAAAUGCAACUUGCAAUGGACUGCAUACUUGAUUAUUAGAGACAUUGUAAUCGACUGUGUGGGCCUCAUCGAAGAAAUCAGACACGCCUCCAUUCAUCGUUCACAUCCAGUACGAUCAUUGAAACUGUAAGUUUUUAAAAUGAGAUGCUUUUCUGUGAGAUGUGUUGAGGGGGUGGGAGGUGAAUAAAAGCAGAUUCUAUGGUUUUUUUGCCAAAAGCUUUUGUUAAGUGUGUUAUCAGAGUAAUCUGUGCGCUCCAGAGACAUAGAUAAAAUUCUCAAAAUAUAUUUUUAAUCAGUGUGAAAGAAGUACUUCAUGGUGUGGUCACUAGACAGUGAAUCUGACACUUUGAGAAAGCCCUUUUCAUCAGUACCACUUUUCUGGUCUAAUGAAUUUUUUAAAAUAUAUAUAUAUAUAUGUAAAUCUCAAAACUGCUCUCCCAUUAAAGCCACUAUGUUGUAUAUAUUCUUGCUUGCAUGCAACAAAUCUUUCAUGCCUAACUUGACAUAAUCAGCAAGCACAAAAUAAAAAUCCAGUCAUCUAGUACGCAUGUCAAAAUGAGUCGGUUUCGGGAGCAUGCAGCUGGACCUGCUUAUCCUUGGAAGGGCUGUGACAGGUCAGUCAGCAUGAGCAGAAAUAAGGUGCCUGUUCCUUAAAUGACCUGCAAAUUGUUCAAACUAUUUUCUCCCCACUCCUCCCCUAUUGUUUAUUUCCUGCAGCAGUUGCAGACAACCAGUAUUGGACGCUUCCUUAUCUGACUUCUGAGUUCACAUUGGGUUUUUAUGCUUGCACCAUGGCAGACAACAGCCAGUGUUGUUCAGCUAACUUUAUCGAAAACCAUUCUAAACAUCCCAACCAGCUAUCUGGGAUGGAGACCUUUCUAAAGAGAUAAGGCAAAUCCAACUUCUCUUGUGUAAGUUGUAUGUUUUGUGUCAUAUGGUGACAGUUAUUGGCAAUGAUGUUUGUGUGUGUGUGCACGCGUGCACUGCCUCAGGCAUUGGUACAUGCAAGGGAUGGUGACUCAUAAGGCAAAUCCUUCUCAGUACAUUAUCCAGUGAGAUCAAUGCACUCUUGAAUCACAGAGUCAGUAAUUAUUGUAAAUCAAAUCAUUGAUGAAUAAAAUGAAUUAUUUUGUAUCCAUUUAAUUACAAGGUGAUAUCAAUUCAAGAUGCAGCUGAUAACGUGAGAACUAUGUAUCCACUUUAGAACGGAGUGCCUGAGCAGCAGUGGUGCCAGCUGUAUGGUCACUGCUUCCAUGUGACUUAUACAUGAUAAAUAUUCUAAUCCAUGGCUUUUUUUUUAAAUCUCUGGAUAGGACCAGGAGCUAACAUGAACCCAGAGACUUUUUUAGGAAUCAAUAGUUAAACUAGAAAACAAGUCUUGAAAAUGGCAAUGUUAAUCAACUAUUGUGACACUGUGACCUUAUACAGGAACAAAAAGUAAUACUGUGUACAAAUCUUUAUUUCUUUUGAGGGCAGUACUGGUAAAAUAUUUGUCCAAAUAUUAUGAAUUUUGGCAAGAGAAUGGCAAAAAUUGAAGCAACUCUUGUACCAUGUAACAGCCAAAAUAUUCUCAUCAGUAUUUGUAUACCCUUGGGUUAAAUUCAGUAAAGGUGGAGGAAAGUAUUCACUACAUUUGGAGACAUUUUGCAGUGUGAUCUCCAGGGAAGCAGGGAAUUAGAGCCUAGAGGAGGGCGGAGAAAAGCCUUCCUGUCCUCUGGCGAAGGUUUGGGUGCAGUGUGAUUGUGAAAGAGCACUGCCUGGCACCAGGGGAAUGGAUGCCAUGUUAUGUGGUAUCUGGGGAAACGGUACUUAGGGCUGUGAAGAUAAAUGGUGCCACUCAUUGCCGAUCAAAUGGAUAUUGUGCUGCAUAUUAUGGGGAAGGGAUUCAAUAGCUGUCAAUUUGUGCAAUCAUGGGAACAGACACUGUCUCUUGUCACUAGAAAAAACAAAUUAUAACUCUGCAUUUUACAUUUACUCAAUCGUGCAGGCUUUUAGCCACAGGGUACAAUAAUAAAUUAUGAUAAAUCUAUUUGUAAUAAAUACUAAGCAAUCUCUCUCCCAGGGAGGGAUUAAACACUGAAAUGCUGGAACAGGUUGAAUGUAAUUAAAUAUUGCCUUUUUAAAUUGUUUUUUAUUUUGUUGAAAGUAGUAUACCGUCAAUUGCAAGUUAAAUGUGCUAAUGUUGUAUUUCAGAAAUGUGGCGUCAUCCUGUGUUGCCCUUAAAACUACUUUUAAGUGAUAUUUUGUUCACUAAAAUCUGAAGUUUAUAGUUUGAAAAUAAAGAUCCUAUCGAUUUUA